GGUAAGCAGAUUCAAAAAUGGAUGGAUGCAAAUGACAUAGAAUUAAGUGGUUGAAUGUGAAAUGUGCAGUCGUGUGUAAAUGAUAGUUUGUGUUUAAGGCCCAGUGAAAGGUUUAUGUGAGUGUCUGCGGCUAGAUUGGGAGCCGCUUUUUUGUGCGCCUGUCCUCAGGCCAGCUGGCUCGUGUCCCUGGGAAUCAGUCUCCUUUGAGCAAGCAACAGCAGAGGAAGAGGAAAGGAUCUUUUGUUGUCCUCCUAGCCAGUUCUCAAGGGACAGUCUCCCGGUGUUAUGAAAUGGUUAAGCUCCUCAUCUUGGGAACUCCGAACACAGGAAAGACAGCCUUGUGCGUCCGCUUCAUAACCAAGCGGUUCAUUGGUGAAUAUGACCACAAGAAGGAGGUGACCUAUAGAUGUUGCCGGCUGGUCGACCAGGAAGCUGUUGAUCUUGAAAUCUUGGAUACAGCUUCUGAGGGGAGCUGCGCGCCUUCUCUGGAGGCAUCCAUCCGGUGGGCGGAUGGCUUCCUGUUGCUCUAUUCCAUCACUCACCGCCAAAGUUUUCUGGAGGUCUCGCGGCUCAAAAGACUCAUUGACCAAACCAAAGAGAGUCUGGCUGUCCCAGCGGUGCUGGUAGCCAAUAAAGCAGACUUGGAAAUUGGCAGGGAGGUGACAACAGAGGAAGGACAGAGGCUGGCCCUUGAUUUAAGGUGUGGUUUCAGGGAGCUGUCAGUGGCUGAUGCUGUUUUAGCUGUGGAAGCCGCAGUUUUUCAGCUCAUCAGGCGAGUCCUGGAUCAGCAGCGGCUUCUGCCUGACCGCCGUUCCUACAUGUUGACUGUGCGCCACGCUCUGACCAGGAAACUGACCCGAUCAAAAACCGUGCAGUGGUGACCUUAACACACUCAUUGCACUCUUUGGCUCUAUAUUAAAUCUACACGUGAACUGCAGAUUUGGUUUCUUCUUCAAGGGUGUGACAAGCAUAUUAUGGGAAAUUUGCAUUGUAAUCAG